CGUAGAUGUCACGCACACGAAGAAGAAUCAUGACAGGUGCGCGCGCUCGAUCGGGUCAACUGUCUGCGAAGACGAAGACCGAGGCACGCAAUUAAGGUGGUGUCGAAACAAACGGGCUGGCUCAUUCAUUUGGCUCGGAGAAAGAACGGGCGGUGGGGGACAAAAACAAAAAAACAAGCUUUGUGAGAAGAAGGAGGAAGAACAGUGGAACUAACCGCUGGACAUGCGACAUGAGUAACAAUAGUGAUGGAGUUGGAGGGCUUCUGCCCGUCUGGAACUUCAAUGGAUCUUCAUUCAACAAAUCCAGCGACCCGUUCGCCAACACGACGUGCAACGCAUCUACAAACGAUUCCACGUUCUGCUCCCCGGCGGACGACGGCUCGGGAGCUGCAAGUUCGUACAAGGCGGUCGAGAUGUUUUUCAUCGCCCUGGUCACUGGCUCGCUGAGUCUCGUGACCGUCACGGGGAACAUUUUAGUCAUGCUGUCCAUCAAAGUCAACCGCCACUUGCAAACUGUCAACAACUAUUUCUUGUUCUCGUUGGCAUGCGCUGACCUGAUCAUCGGUGUGUUCAGCAUGAAUUUAUACACGGUUUACAUCAUCGUUGGAUACUGGCCCAUCGGUCCUGUGGUCUGCGACUUGUGGCUCGCUUUAGAUUACGUGGUGUCCAACGCAUCAGUGAUGAACUUGUUGAUUAUCAGUUUUGAUCGCUACUUCUGCGUCACCAAGCCCCUCACGUACCCGGCGAGAAGGACCACAAAGAUGGCGGGCUUGAUGAUUGCAGCUGCCUGGAUCUUAUCCUUCAUCCUUUGGGCCCCCGCCAUCUUGUUCUGGCAAUUCAUCGUUGGGCAGAGGACAGUACCACCUGGAGAGUGUUACAUUCAGUUCCUGUCGAACCCUGCGGUGACGUUUGGCACAGCGAUAGCGGCAUUCUAUCUCCCGGUCAUAAUCAUGACCGUGCUGUACAUUCACAUUUCACUGGCAUCCAGGAGCAGGAUCUCCAAACAUAAACCCGACAAGAAGGAGAAGAAAGGCUCAAAACCACCCAGCAUGACGAAGAGCCACAUGCUAAAACAGAACAACAACAACGAAACCAGUCCUCAGAGCAGCGCCCACAUGACUCCCAAGCUCAGUUUAGCCUCGACCACCACCGUUGAUGAGGCUGUGAAGAACGGCAGGGUGGCUGCAGCCAAACCAGAUGGACCGCAGCCAACGGCCCAACCCAGUCCGGCGCUCACGACGCAGGAGGAAAAGGAGAGCUCCAAUGAUUCGUCCACAGCUUUUAUACCCGCAACAGAACCAAAGGCCAUUCAUGAUGUGAUACCCGAGGCUCCGACUAAUUCCAACCCAGUUCCGGCAAGUCUGACAAAUCCUUCCAUAUCCAAAAUCAAUGCCAGCUCAAGGUGGUCCAAGAUAAAGAUCGUAACCAAGCAGGCGGGGGACGAAUGCAUCACGGCCAUCGAGAUCGUUCCGCCCGUGGAGGGAGCCGAGAGGCAUUCCAUCCCAAUCAGCCGCCCCAGGACGGUCGCCAGGAAGUUUGCAAGCAUCGCUCGGAGCCAAGUGAAGCGAAAACGACAAAUGGCCGCCAGAGAAAAAAAAGUGACCAAGACCAUCUUUGCCAUCUUGCUGGCUUUCAUCAUUACUUGGACCCCGUAUAAUGUGAUGGUGUUGAUCUCCACCUUCUGCCAGUCGUGCGUUCCCGACACCGUGUGGGCCAUCGGUUACUGGCUGUGCUACGUCAACUCCACCAUCAACCCGGCUUGCUACGCCCUUUGCAAUGCCACGUUCAAAAAGACUUUUAAGAACCUGCUGCUGUGCCAAUACAAGAACAUUGGCACGAGAUGAGUGGGCAGGAUUGAGGCUACAGGGAGGGGGGGAAAAAAAAGAGAGAGCGGCUCGG